UAAAAAUUUUCUCUCUCUCCACUCUCUCUCCUCUCGAAAGGAUCGAAAGCCCCCCUCUCUCUAGGGUUUCUGUGUCUUUCGCACUCAAAUUGUAGUCAGUGAGCUGGGAAUCCCGUGGCUGAGCUACCCCCUAUCUCUUAUCCGUCAAAUGCUCUAUCUUUCACUACCAUUGCUUCGAAGAGCCGUUAAGAAUCGGUGUCUAGCCUGGUCGGAUCGUCUGGGUUGGUCCUCAGGAUAGUUUAGCUUUGGCUGCUUGUAUUUAAUUGGGAGAUGAGUAUGCAUAAAUGUGGAGAACCGUUCAUUCAAAGGAUGUUUUAAAACACUGUCAUCGAAAUCAUGGGAUCACUUAUCCAGAUUGACUCCAUCUCCAUAGAUCUUGCCAAUUCUAUUGAAAAGAGUGAUGCAGGAAAAUGUGAUCAUCGUUUCUCAAUACGCGGAUAUGUGGCUGAAAUUCGUGAAAAGGACUGGAAACUGUGUUGGCCAUUUCCAUUACAAGGCAACCAUGGUGAGUCUGAGGGUCAACCAUGUUUGCUUCCGCCAUUAGAUGUGCCCAAAUUCAGACGGUGGUGCUGUCAAACUUGUCAGCAAGAAAUUGCUGCUGAAGGCAGUGACGAAGAUAACCAAGGAGAAUUUCAUUCUUGCUGUACUGGAUGCAAAUCUGCUAGCAAUUGCCUUAGUAAUGCAGCUGUCACGUCUGAUAUUCAGCUGCGGCUAGCUUCAACACCUGACACUGUUGAAAAUAGAGGAAUUGAUCUUAAUAGUUCUACUAAUUUGAGCUGUGGAAACGAUUGCUUACUGGCUAAUAAGGAGAAAGAAAAGAAACUUGAAGUUGCAAAAAACGGAAUGAUAGAUCAUGAGACUGGCAUGGAGGGUAAGCUUAAUCAUCAACUAACUAGUGUUCCGCCACCUGAAGUUUGUCCAUGGCUCAGACUGGAAGCACCUACAAAUGAUAAAGGCUUUGAAGGUAAUGAAGUUUCUGAUGUUAAGUUUACUACAAGCAAUCUCAAAUGUGCAGACCAAAAUUCUUCUGAGUUUUGUAACGGAGGAACACUUAUUUCUGCUCAUGACCAAUGCCAGAAAGAACUAAAAAAAACUUGUUCAAUUUUGGAGGCUGGCGAGAUAGUUGCUGUGGCAGAUCAUACUACUUAUGACACAACUGAGCAUUCUCCUAAUGAGUCAGUUGCUAGUCAAAAAGCUUUACCAAGAAUUACAGAAAAUUUCGUUGAAAAUGACUUUCAGGAUCAUCAUCUAGAAAAGUCACCUAGUUUGCCACGUAGGAAGCCUCGAAAGGUGCGCCUGCUAACUGACUUAUUGGGUGAAAAUGUUGAGAAAAAGACUGAAAAGUUUACUAUACAAGGAUUCUCAUCUGAUGGUACUUCCGAGGCAUCUGCAACUUUACAGACACUGCCACCAUCUGUUGAGGGCAGCUUGACAAAUAUGGAUAAGAGUGUAAAGAAGUUUUUUCUGGAUGAAGAGCUGAAACCUGCUGAAAUUUCCUCACAUAGGGUUCAUAAUGAAGGUCAAAACUUGGAGGGACAUGCAGAAGUAAAUGACACUAUCCUGGAUAAUCGAUUUAAAGAUGUGCAUUCCUCAAUAGGUUUACAAGAAAAUAUGAAGAGCUACUGGAGUAAACCUGAAAUUGAUAGAGGCCUUACCAUGGGUAAGAAGAAAAAGAAGAAGAUCCAAGUUGUUGACAAACAUUUGAGAUCUUAUCCAUACCAAAAUGAGGAGAAUAUGCAUGUUGUGAGUAAGGCAUGUGCAUCUAAAACUCCCUCUCUCUCGUCAUCUUUUGCAUUUUCAGAAAAAGGAAUGGAUAACUUUCAUUUGCAUGCUCUAAAAUUAGGAAAUAAAUGCAAUUUGUCCAAACAAAGAGGGAAGAUGCUGCAAGUUGAUGGGGAUCUGGGUUCCUUAUCUUCUUGGGAAAAUGAUAAGCUUGUAGAAGAUUCUGUUGCUGUUACAGGAGCAAAAUUAAUGUCAAACAUGCCUGUAGUUAUUCCAAUUGCAUCAGCACAAGGCUCCAUAUGUAAUGAAAGUGGAGUAAAAGAGGGACUUCAUCUCUCUCAAAAUAGUUAUUUGGCACCUCAGGCUUGCAACAAAAAAUGCUUCAGUCAAAUUGAUAAUCAACUACCCUUCUCAGUGUCUUCGCAAGAGGGCACAUCAAAAGUACACAAUCUUGUAAAGAAAGGCAGAGAAACUGAUGUUGUUGGAGAGUCAAGCAUUCCUUACAAGCAGAUAAAAGAUGCUAUUUCUGACAAAGGGGUGAGUUGUGAAGAAAUUACUGGUUCAGAGAACACACAAAAACCAGUUGAGGCUAUGGAACAUGCAAGUUUCAAGAAAACCAAUGGCGAUCAAACAGCUGAUCAAGUGUCUGAGGGGGGGACAUUAGAUGAUAUACCCAUAGAAAUUGUAGAGCUGAUGGCAAAGAAUCAACAUGAGAGGCGUCUUUCUGAAGCAGAAAAUGGAAGCUUUCAGCUGACAAGAUGUGCUGAUGAAAGGAAAGCACAGAUGACAGUUGGCUCUGGCAUCCAUGGAAAAGGAGGAUUAUCCUUGUUACAUGAGGGUCUGAAAGUAAAACCUCAUGGAAGACAUGGGGAAAAUGGCAUGUCCUUGCGGGGAGAGAAUGUUAGGCCGGGCAAAAGAAAGUCUGUUCACUACUUUUCUCCAAUUGAUGAUGGAAACCAUUUGAAUAGGAAUAGUCUUUGUCAAACUCAGUCCUCCUUUCCUUUUGAGGUUUCCAAUUCCCAAAAGAGGCUACCAAAUGGAUUUCAUUUUCCAACCAUGGGAUCCAGCCUUUGUAGCAGUGCUCAAAAUUGCAAGAUGAAUGGGAGUAAUGCAGCGCGUGGAUCCACUGAUCCCGUUUUGCAGGUCCAGGGAGGAUGUAGCUUACACGAGACUAUUUUACAUCCAGAUGACAAAGCUUCCCAUGUUUGGGCGCCCAUCACCCCAGAUCAUUUGUCCCUGGGAUAUGACAUACCCAAAAGGGUUGUUUCUCAAUCUACUUGUGCUACUAUAGAUAUGACUUCACUCCAAACCAAUGCGCUUCAUAAGCAGAAGAUGGACAGGGAUGAUGUUGAUCUCAAUUGCUUGAAUUUAAAUGCUACUUGCCUUGAAAAGCUUAACAGGAAUGAAGAAUCUGGAACCCUCAAUAGGAUGAAUGCAGAAUACCCAUUUCCAUGCAAACAUAAUGGAAUAGAGCCUCAGCAAAAUAUGAGGGCAUCUCUGGAUUUGUAUUCUAACGAGAUAAUACCAGCCAUGCAUUUACUCAGCCUUAUGGAUGCAGGUAUGAAGUCAAUUAAACCCAUCAAUGAUUGUGUCAGUGCUCAAAUGUUCAAUAGACCCUCUUAUCAUGGUGAUUGUAAUAGUAAAUUGGAGAUUGAUAAAGCGCUCAGUUCUCUGAAACAGCCAUCAUCUGAUUAUUACAGCAAGAAUUACUUGUCAAAUAAAUCACAUGGUGGUUUUCUUAGUUCACCAACCUUAGGUGCAUCUUCAUCAAUCCAGCAUAAAAAGAAAUUUAUUAGAGCUGGAAGCUUCAAUAAUCAAACAUCCCCAAAGUCUGGAAAGUCGAAGAUUAAGAGCCCCAACCCGGUCUUGCAGAAUAGAGGAAAUAAGCAAUUUAGUUGGACAUAUGUUGAAACCGAAACAGAAACAGAAACUCCACUGCAACGUAAAUUGGAAGUUCAUGGUAAUUGUGUAACUUUAGCGCCUUCAAAAGACAGUUAUAUCUCCAACUCUUGCAGCACAAAUAGAAAUCCAGCUGAUUUCACCCUGCCAGAUAUGGGGAAUAUCUAUAUGAUCAGAGGGGAAGAUCUGAAAUUUGAGAAGCCUAGUAAUCCCAAGAAAAGGCCCAGCUUGGUUACUUUUGAGGGAUGCAAACAGCAGAGAAAUUUGAAGGAAACGAAAAUAAAGGAUCAUGAAAAAUGGUGAAAUCCUUUAACAUUCCAGCAUCUGCAGCUGCUGUACCCCCUUAAAUGCUGCAUGGGAAUAUUUAAGGAGGAGUAUCAAAGUGACUCUCAGGGUCGGAGCAUGGAUUCGAUUUCGAAAGUGAGAUUCCCACGACCUCAGCGCGUGUGGCUGAUUGCCAAGCCUGAAUGUUAAUCUGAUAUAAAGCAAGCAGAAGACCCUUAUAUCUAAGUACUUUAAUUAACAUUCUGUGAGUAGCAUUUGAUUUGCUCUCUCAUAAAUUUAUAUCUGGCGUUCAAUGUUGGUGUGAUAAGUUAGUGGGGAGGCCUUGAUAUAAGCCCCUCCGUUUUCUAAGGCUCGGUGUGGUGCAUUUUGUCUGACUGGCCCCAUCAGCCACUAGACGGAAGAUUGAACGAAGUAAUUUGUCAACUGUCAAUCUAAUAAGCUCAUGUCGAUAGUGCUGUGGCUGUAACUUAUCAUGUAAAGUGUCAAAAACCAAUGUAACAGGCAUAGUUUGUCGGAAUUUGGUCAAAAAGAUAUAGUUUGUUGAAA